AUGUCAAGCCACCGAGAUCCCCGCGAGGGCUUAAGCCCCUCGCCCAAUAUUCUUGAUCUGUUCGCCGGAGGCGGAGACGGAGAUGGAGAUAGUGACGUCGAUUUUAACCCUUCGGACGAGCAAAGUGGUACCGAGGCUAGUGGCCGGCACGAAGACGACAGCAGCGAUACUGAUUUCAUUGAUGCAGAAGAGUCCCUCGGUGGAAUCGAGAUUGUAUUUGAAGGGGCGGAUGGCGAUGAGAACGAGGGCGAGGACGAACAGACUGAAACAGAUACCCCAACCGGAGGCGGCACCCAGAUCACCUACGCCGAUUUACGAGGCCUGUUACAGCGAAACAACCCCCUGCGCCAGAUUCUACUCUCCCAGUACCGCAUCAUAACCCCCUCGGGCCGGGCUCUAUUCGCCGAUGACGAUGAUGACGAAGAUCCCGGCCAUUAUGGAAGACAGCGGAGGAGGAGGCCGGAGAAACCCAAAGGCGAUCGAUGGCCCAAGGUCCCCAAUGAACACGGUCAAGCCCUGAUGAACUCCGGUCUGUACGGCAGCCAGGACAGUCAUGGAGACCUGCGCUACAAGAGGAGGAGAACACUCAGCGAGCGGCUGAUGUGGCGGCGUCUUGGGGUCGAUCCUCGCUCGAGCAUGCGGCGCCAAAACAACCUCAUCGCUCAAGAAUUAAUUCCCAACAACAGUACCGCCGACAGCAUCAUCCACUACGACAGUCGCGCAUACUCUGGCCAGUUCUCCGAUGAUGGAAACUUCUUCUUCAGCUGUACGCAGAACUUCAAGGUCAGGAUGUACGAUACCAGUAAUCCAUACGAGUGGAAGUACUACAAGACGGUGGACUAUCCCUUUGGUCAGUGGACUAUCACCGACGCAACCCUCUCGCCGGAUAAUAGAUUCCUCGCAUAUUCCUCUAUCCGUCACGCGGUGUGCCUGGCCACCACCGAUCCCUCCGACACCAGCGACCACACGAUUCUCGACUUUACGAAUUUUGCUCCAGGCUCCAGCAUGGGGAGGCAGACCUAUGGCUACAUGGGCCGCCAUGGCUUUGGCAUCUGGUCGCUACGAUUCAGUGGAGACGGCCGAGAAAUAGUGGCAGGGACCUCCGAUCACAGCGUGGUCGUGUACGAUCUUGAGCGGCGGCAGUCUAUCGUGCGGCUGUCCAACCACGAAGACGACGUCAACGCGGUAUGCUACGGCGACAAGCUCUCCCCUCACAUUCUCUACUCCGGCAGCGACGACCAGACCCUUCGCGUGUGGGAUCGCCGGUCCAUGGCAGACGGACGACCCGCGGGUAUCUUCGUUGGACACACGGAAGGCCUGACAUACGUGGAUUCCAAGGGCGACGGUCGCUAUGUGCUGUCGAACGGCAAGGACCAGAUGAUGAAGCUGUGGGAUCUGCGGAAGAUGAUCUCGCCGAACGAUUUCUCCAAGAUCAACCUCCACAAUUACACGACCAACUUCGACUACCGCUUUAGCCCGUACGACGAGGAUGACUAUAUCCCAAACCCGAAGGACUGCUCGGUGGUGACGUUCCGCGGGCACAGCGUACUCAAGACGCUGAUCCGCUGCCAUUUCAGCCCGCCCACGAGCAGCAAUUCGCGGUACGUUUAUAGCGGGUCCGAAGACGGCAAGGUGUGGAUCUGGAAUCUGGACGGCACGUGUAAGGGCACGCUCGAUGUGGGAGCCGCGACGAAGAACACGCGACCAAGGACGAGCGGCAUGGGCGAUCAUUAUGGGUAUGAGCUGGGUGGGCGGAGCAGUUCUGCGUGGAAGACGUGUGUGCGAGACGCCAGUUGGAGUCCCACCGCGCCGAUCAUGGCUGGUACGUAUGCCGUCGGCAUCUUUCUGUCUCAAGUCCCUUCCGUCGUUUUUGGUGCAUUGGAACCCCGAUUGACCAUGCUGACUUUAAUCCGAACAGCAACUUCCUGGAACGGCUGGGGGAUGGCGACCGGCACCGUCUCCGUGCACAGUUUCUCCGACGGAAUGGAGGAUGACGAGGGCUCACCGCCCAUGGGCAGCAACUACAAUGCACGGCUAGACUUGAGAGAGGACUUCAAUCGCAGGGGUGUCGCGGCCCGCGCAACGAGAUCAAGUGGUACAGGUGCCGGUGGUGGAGGCUUCGCUAGGCGAGUCCUUCGAAGUCGUGUCGUGCGAGCGGCGCCGGAGGCUGACGAGGGUCAUGACGACGACGACGACGACGACGACAUGCCACGGGCACCGGGCGCUUGGUAA